AGAAUAAAAAAAAGAGAUAAAAUCAUGACUACAAGUAAAAACAACAGCGAAUGCUUUAAGGUAGCUGUAAGAUGCAGACCCCUAAAUAAUGAUGAAAUAUAAAAUGAAAGAAGUUCAGUUGUUUCUGUAAACCCUCAAAGAGGAGAAAUAUAAAUCAAACAAAAGCAUGAUUAAGCUGAACAACAUAGGAUUUUUGCAUUUGACUAAGUUUUCGAACCUGAUAUUUAAUAAGAGGUUGUGUAUAAAUGUAUUGCCUACCCUAUUGUUGAGAGCGUUUUAGAAGGCUACAAUGGAACAAUUUUCGCUUAUGGCUAAACUGGUACUGGAAAAACGCAUACUAUUUAAGGGAGAAAUGAGCCAAUUAAUGAAAGAGGUAUCAUUCCUAGGGCUUUUGAACAUAUUUUCCACUCUAUUAAAGGCUCGCCAAACACUUAAUUUUUAGUACAUGUUAGUUUUCUUGAAUUAUAUAAUGAAGAGAUUUAAGACUUGCUUUCCACCAAGAAUAAAAAAUUAGAAUUAAGAGAAAAAGCAGAGACUGGCGUCUUUGUGAAAGAUUUAACUAGUUUUUUAGUUUAAAAUGAAUAGGAAUUAAAUGAUAAAUUUUAGCAAGGUAUUUUGAAUCGUAAAGUUGGUUAAACUAAAAUGAGUUCAUGUUCAUCUCGUUCUCACUCUAUCCUUUCUGUAACUAUUGAGAGGUGCGAUGUUGUGAAUGGGGAAAACCAUAUUAAAGUAGGUAAGUUAAAUUUAGUUGACCUCGCUGGAUCUGAACGUUAAAGUAAAACUCAAGCAACAGGCUCUCGUUUUAAAGAAGGAGUAUAUAUUAACUUAAGUUUAACUACUUUAGGUAAUGUUAUUUCCUCUCUCAUCGAUCCUAAAGCUUCUCAUAUUCCAUAUAGAGAUUCUAAAUUGACUAGAAUUCUUUAAGACUCUCUAGGUGGCAACACCAAAACUGUGAUGAUCGCUAAUAUUGGUCCUGCUGAUUAUAACUAAGAUGAAACAAUAUCUACUUUAAGAUAUGCUCACAGAGCGAAAUCAAUAUAAAAUCAUGCUUAAAUUAACGAGGAUCCCAAAUAAGCAAUGAUAAGAAAAUUUUAAGAGGAAAUAUCUAGCUUAAAAUAGUAGUUAUCAGGUUUACUUGAAACUGGAGGAGAUUUUAAUAUGAAUGCUGAAGUUAAAAAGAUAGAAAAAAUUGUUUUUAAAUAUGAUGACGAAGAAAUUAUAAAAUUGAAACAAAAACUUGAAUAACAAAAAUCUGAUAUUGAAAAUAACUAUGAAAAUGAAGUAAAGAAAAUAGAAGAAGAUAAGUAGUUACAGGAAAAAGAAAAGUAGCAGCUUAUUUAUUAGCUUCAGGAAAAAGAACAAAAGUAGCAAUAAUAAAAAUAGCAAUAAUAAAAACUACUUGGUAAACUUUAGAAAAUGUAACAUAAAGUAAUACAAGGAGAAGAAACUAUGUAGAGAGUUCUUGAAAACGAAAGAUAACUGAAUAAAGAAUUGCAAUAAGCAAAUGAAAGAGAUCGCUAAGCAGCUUUACAAAUCUAAUAAAAUGAAGAUUUUAUAUUAGAGAUAAACAUGAAAUUUAAGAACCAAGUUGAAGAAAAAUAAGAAAAAUAGAAAAGAAUAAAUCUUUUAUUUGAUAGAUUGUGCUAAAUUUAAUAAUAAAAUAAAGAUAUUGAUGAAUUUUAUGUUUCUGAAAUAGACUAGCUAUAAGAAAGUUACAGAGACUUACAGAAAGAAUUAAAAUUAAAAAGAUUUAUCUUAGAUUAUUUCAUUCCUUAAAAAGAAUUAAAAAGAUUAUCAGAGAAAGCUAUGUAUAGUGAAGAAUAACAAAAUUGGGUAUAUCCUAUUCAAAAUUUGACUGGUAAAUAUAUGAGAAGAUCUGAUGAAAGUUAAGUUUCCCUUAAAGAAAUUUAAUCUGAAGAUCUAGAACAAGAUUCAAAAGUUUAUUUUGUAUACACAGAGCAAGGACCUAUUAGAGAAUAGUUUUUUUACACAACUGAAAUAAAAAAGCAAGAAUAUGCUUAACGAAAAAAUGAUCCUCUUAAACAAAAUUUUGAAUAAUCAAAUACUUAAUUUGUAAAAACUAAAAAGAGAUCUAAAAGUUAAAUAAAUUAAAUCUGA